GAAGUCAAAGGGUACCAAGCGUAAAGGAGGACUAGGAAAGACGCGAGGAAAUAUUGCUUCUUCAAGAACGACUGCUGGUCGACGAGUCGUCGUGAUUGAGCCAGAGAAUGACGACGUGAUGUCUGACGGCUCGAACCCUGCCAUCGACGAGGAUCCACAAACCGACGACGGAGACGUCGAUGCGUUGGAUGCUACCGCAUCGCCAGAAGAGUCGCAAGGCGCGACAAAGCGAAAGCGUGGAGCACAGGAGGAUGAGCCGGAAGGUUCGCCAGAUAAGAAACGACGAAAAGUUACUAAGGCCCCAAAGAUAGCCAAAGCAUCGAAGCCUGUCAAAGUAAAGACUGGCAAAGAAGGUGCCACAAAGGGCAGGAAGAAAUCUACUGCCAAGCCCGAAAUGAAGAGCUUGUUUACAACCACGCCUGCACCCCUUCCUUCUGCGGUCAACGCUGCCGCCGCCGCAUCCGCUGCAGCAGGUGAUGGCGAAGGGGCAGAUGGUGAAGGUAAAGGCAAGGGGAAGAAGUCAAAGGCCCAAGCUAAGAAGGGCAAGAAAGGCGAGGAGGCGGGCAUGCAAUCUUGA